CCGGAUCGGUUUCUCGGGGUUUGACCAGCUGUCCCGGGCUAACCCUGCUCCUCGCUGAAGAUGGAGGAAGUAAAAACAGGAUUACCCUUAGCUACAGAUCCACUGCCUUAGUUUCCACCACCAACUGCAGUGCACAAACACACGUUAGGCACAGGAAAGAAAGAAAGAGAGAGGGAGAGGACACACUAACAGUAAACACAAACAAAAGGGUGAUGGGAUUAUUUUACUGCAUGCACUGCUGAGCCCGACAUUGUCACCUCCUCUUUGAGGGGUUAGAAGAAGCUGGGAUCUCCCGACAGAGCUGGAAAUGGUGAUGAAUGUUUUUUAAUCAAAGGACAAUUUCUUUUCACUGCACUUUGACUAUGGAAACAGAGGCUAUUGAUGGCUACUUAACAUCAGGUGACAAUGAGCUUUCACCUGAAGGGGAGCACGCCGAUAUGGCCAUCGACCUCACCUCAAGCACACCCAAUGGACAGCACGCCUCACCAAGUCACAUGACAAGCACAAAUUCUGUAAAGCUAGAAAUGCAGAGUGAUGAAGAGUGUGACAGGAAACCCCUGAGCCACGAAGAUGAGAUCAGGGGCCAUGAUGAGGGGAGCAGCCUAGAAGAACCCCUAAUAGAGAGCAGCGAGGUGGCCGACAACAGGAAAGUCGUCCAGGAUCUUCAAGGCGAGGGAGGAAUCCGGCUUCCGAAUGGUAAACUGAAAUGUGACGUCUGUGGCAUGGUUUGCAUUGGGCCCAAUGUGCUUAUGGUACAUAAAAGGAGUCACACUGGUGAGCGCCCCUUCCACUGUAACCAGUGCGGAGCUUCUUUCACCCAGAAGGGCAACCUUCUGAGACACAUCAAGUUACACUCUGGGGAGAAGCCGUUCAAAUGUCCUUUCUGUAGCUAUGCUUGUAGAAGAAGGGACGCCCUCACCGGACACCUCAGGACCCACUCCGUGGGUAAACCUCACAAGUGUAACUACUGUGGACGAAGCUACAAGCAGCGCAGCUCACUGGAGGAGCACAAGGAACGCUGUCACAACUAUCUCCAGAAUGUCAGCAUGGAGGCUGCUGGGCAGGUCAUGAGUCACCAUGUACCGCCUAUGGAAGAGUGUAAAGAACAAGAGCCUAUUAUGGACAACAAUAUUUCUCUGGUGCCUUUUGAGAGACCCGCUGUCAUAGAGAAGCUCACGGCAAAUAUGGGAAAGCGCAAAAGCUCCACUCCACAGAAGUUUGUGGGGGAAAAACUGAUGCGAUUCAGCUACCCAGAUAUUCAUUUUGAUAUGAACUUAACAUAUGAGAAGGAGGCUGAGCUGAUGCAGUCUCAUAUGAUGGACCAAGCCAUCAACAAUGCAAUCACCUACCUUGGAGCUGAGGCCCUUCACCCUCUGAUGCAGCAUGCGCCAAGCACAAUCGCCGAGGUGGCCCCAGUUAUAAGCUCAGCUUAUUCUCAGGUCUACCACCCCAGCAGGAUAGAAAGGCCCAUUAGCAGGGAAACGUCUGAUAGUCACGAAAACAACAUGGAUGGCCCCAUCUCUCUCAUCAGACCAAAGAGUCGACCCCAGGAAAGAGAGGCCUCUCCCAGCAAUAGCUGCCUCGAUUCUACUGACUCAGAGAGCAGCCACGAUGACCACCAGUCCUACCAAGGAAACCCUGCCUUAAAUCCCAAGAGGAAACAAAGCCCAGCUUACAUGAAGGAGGAUGUCAAGGCUUUGGAUGCUACCAAGGCCACCAAGGGCUCUCUGAAGGACAUCUAUAAGGUUUUCAAUGGAGAAGGAGAACAGAUAAGGGCCUUCAAGUGCGAGCACUGCCGAGUCCUUUUCCUAGACCAUGUCAUGUACACCAUUCACAUGGGUUGCCAUGGUUACCGGGACCCACUGGAAUGCAACAUCUGUGGCUACAGAAGCCAGGACCGUUAUGAGUUUUCAUCACACAUUGUUCGAGGGGAGCACACAUUCCACUAGGCCUUUUCAUUCCAAAGGGGACCCCUAUGAAGAACUGCACAGGAAGAAAUACUGCACUUACAGUCCCUCCUUUCCUCAGAUGGUGACACUCUUUCUCCUUAAUACCGUCACUGUCUAUAAUUCUUAUUUUGUGGACAACAUGUCAUUUGCUCUGCCUAAUUAUACCAAGAAGGAAACAAAAGAAAAGGGGUGGGCUGUUCACUGAUGCCGUGGCUUGUUUAUUUUGUGGGUCUCUAAAGCAGUUUGUUUCUGCCAUGCAUCCAUAUUAAGGCCUGCCAUGCUUUGGGGGGAAUCAUUUGGUUCACAGAGAUUUGCCUACACUAUUCUGAUUUGCCAUUGAUGUUCAGGAUCAUGAUGGAAGGCAGGACAGUUGGGCAUUUUCUGGGUAGGACUUUGGCAAUUUAAAACGGUCUAAGUAAUUUUAUUCUCAAAGAGAUUUCAAAAUGUAAACCCCUUUUAUUUUCUGUUCUUAGAGAUCAUGGAACACAAACACAUUGUUAUUUUCAGUAACUCCUAGGAUGAGUUGACUUGUUGUGGGUUCUAUGUUUACCUCCCCUAUGGAAUUUAUAAUUCAGUAUGUUUUACACUGUAUCGUGUAGUAAAACUUUUAAAACUACAGGUAGUUAAGGGCCACUACAAUGCAUCUGAGGUCCUUUGAUCUUAUUUUUCUAAACUUGCGCACUGUUUUUCCAUAGUUUUGAUGACUGGCAUUUUAUAGACACCCUGGCAGCCUUACUUUUAACACCUGUAACAAAUAGUAUUUUUAUGUAGUUUUCAGAAUAACAUAUGGUCUAAGAGUGGGUAAGAGGCAGUCAGUGAUUUCCAGGAAGAAGUCUGCUCUUCACAAUUUGAGCUUUUUUUUUUUGAGUUGUAAUGCCAUGGAUGGCAGCCUAGUAUACAGAUUUGUUUCUAAAGGUGUGUUUACCUCGUCACUUUAUCAGCAUUUAAUCAGUGUUAACCAGUCAGCAGAAAAGUGUAAUUAGGCUAACAGUAGGGGGAAAUCCCACUCUGAGAACCCUUUUCUGGUAUUUUUCUUCAAGCUGUGACCACUCAGUGUUCUAUCCAUAGUCCUUUCCUCUUUGACUUUUGGAAUAGAAGAUCUUAAGGCACCUGGCUAUCAGCUGCUUCUUUCUAAAUCUGGGAGCAGCUAAUUGGACCUGAAUAUGGUCACCUGAACCCUGGAAGGUCAUUUAUUAACUAGGGCUAUUUAUUCCACUAUUUCUUUAGUAAUAACAGUUACUACCUUUGCUGCAGACAAAAGGGAACUUCUUUGUAAUCUUUAUAUCACACUGAAGAUCACACAAAAGAGCAACAAAGUUUUCUUUUACCCUUCUUGGAGUUGAGAAAGUGACCCUCUUCAGGUGAAGGUCUUGCACUUUAAAAAAAAUAAAAAAAUUUUUUCUUUUAAUCAACUCUAUAAGUCCUUGUCAGAAAUGCAUCUCAAUCCCUUGGUAGAGAACUUCCUGUCUUCUCUUCGUUUGCACAAGGCAUAUGCUUCCAUGUUUCAUGUGCAGAUUUUCAGUUGAUCUCUGGGAGUGCUUGGCUUUUUCUCUGGAGUCCACUGGCAUUUGUGAGUGGGAUCGGAGCACGCUGUUCUCAAGUCAUUUGGGGGGGGGGUGCAUUUGGCAGGCGUACCUUGCUGCUUGUGUUUGAGGAAAACAGCCUGACCACGACUGGUUUAUCUGAUAGCCAUUUGUAAAUGCUGAAGGUCUGCUAAACAGUGACAAGUUAAGUGCUGUGACAGACCUUGAGUAGCACGCCGCCAAAGCCAUGGAACUGCAGUGUGACCUGGGAAGUAUCAGGAACUGUUCACUGAUGAGCAAGCAGCAUUCUCUUAACUGGCUUUGCAAGU